UCAUACUUUUGCUUCGCAUAUUUAUGCUAAUUAUGAUUACCAGUGGUACUUAAAAAGAAAACUCUUCAUCAUCGAUGUUUAGCACCUCUAGCUGACUCACACACCGGCUAAUUGCUACGGAACGGACCCCUCAGCUAGCCGCGGAAGGAGCUACCAGCGUGGCUGUCACCGUCAUAGACAUAAUAUGUCUAUGGUCUCCGCGAUUCUCCCAUCAAAAUAGCGGAGUUCAGAUUCACUCAGUGGUUCUGUAAUGGUUUAGCUUCAGGGUUAGUUGGUGGACAUUAUGGAGGAGAGCGGAGAGCAGGCGGGGAGCGCAGCCUGCAGAGUUUUCACCUUUAAAGACGCGAAAAGCCCAGAGGAGAGUCUGAGUGUCUGCAUCCCAGAGGUUCUGGACCCUCAGUAUGGGAUGUAUGUGUGGCCCUCCGCCGUGGUUCUGGCCCAGUACCUGUGGUUCCACCGAGACCAGCUGAGAGGCCGGGCGGUGCUGGAGCUCGGCGCCGGUGUGGGUCUCCCCGGCGUGCUGGCGGCCCGCUGCGGCGCCCGCGUGUCGCUGUCGGACGGAUCGGACCGGCCGCGCUGCCUGGAGAACGGCCGGCGGAGCUGCGCCGCCAACGGGCUGCGGGACGUGGGCGUGCUGGGCCUCAGCUGGGGGGACGUGACCCCGGAGCUGCUGCUGCUGCCCCCACAGGACGUCGUCCUCGGCUCGGACGUCUUCUACGACCCCGAGGAUUUUGAAGAUGUUCUGGUGACGUUUGUCUGCCUGCUGAGGAAAAACCCGGAGGCUCAGUUCUGGACGACGUACCAAGUGAGGAGCUCUGAUUGGUCCCUGGAGGCCCUGCUCCACCGCUGGAGGCUGUGCUGCGUCUCGGUGCCGCUGGCGGACUUCGGUGCGGAUGGGUGUGAGCUGGCCGGGUCCGCCCUGCCGGGCAGCCACACCAUCCACAUGAUGAUCAUCAGCAGGAGGUCAGAGGUCGACCCGCCGGCCCAGGGGUCGCCGUCUGCUCCCAGACACGCAGCCUGUCGCUCAGCUGCUCAGGGAAAAACUGAUUGAAAUGAAAACAUGAAGGCAGAUUCAGGCAAUCUGGGAGUAUUUCUGGAUUUGACUGCAGAUUUUAAGUUUUCUCAGCUCUGUGCUUCCUGUGGCCAGCAGAGGGCAGUGUUCCUCUGAGAACAUGAAAGGACUUCCUGUUUCUGAGAGACAUCUUCCCUCCUUCCUGAACAGAUUAUCCACAUUUCUGUUUCUGCAGAUUAACUGGAAUAUUAGAAAAUGUUUAGUUUGGUUUCAUGCAGAUCUUCCACAGCCAAACGGUAACGCUGCAGGCGGCGUCCGGUCAGUCGGUCCACAGGCGGCGUCCGGUCAGUCUCUUUAUCUGCUGUAAAUAAAUGAACGUCUUGCAGGUCCGUCGUGUGUUUUCUCCUCUGCAGACCCUUUAGAAACUGUGGAACCUGAUCUGGGAUUAUCUCUCUGGUUUCAGAGUUUAUAGUCAGACACUCGGCCUCCUUAUUAUUUGCUGUGUUGCAGAAACUACCAGAUGAAUUUGUCUUUCUCCUCAUCGUGUCUCAUCCAUCCCAAAGUUCAGUUUUUUUUCUGUUUUUUGUGACGGACUGACAUAAAGUCCCACAGAUGUUAAAAAUAGUUUUUACAGAAAAAGUGAACAGUGUUGCUGCAUUUAAUGGUCCUGAAGCUGCACUCAGCUUUACUAGAAACUCUUCAUUUACUGGAGAAACUGAGUCGUUUCACUUCACCGUGUUUCCCUCUUACUUCAGUGACAUCUUCAGAUUCUGUAACAAACAUGAUUUUCCCAAAACUGCCUUCCGACGGAUUUAUGAUGAAAAACAUUCAUGAAGCAGAACUUCGAUGUUUCUUCCUGUUAAUCUGCAGGAUGAUUGGAGUAAAAACCAGAACGAGACAGACUGCUGCGAAGUUUUUAAUUUGGUUCCAACAGGAUGGUUUACAGAGCAGAACCGGGUCCAGAAACCACCAGAACAAUCUUUACAGUACCGAGCAAAACCCAAAAACUCCCAACCAUACAAACAUUUCAAACCGUUUUAUCCAGGAAACUCGACGUGUUUCCCUUUGAGAUCAGUUUAUAGAACCAGAACAGAAACAUUCAGAUGAAGGAGUAAAACCUGACAUCCAGGACCUGAGCCUUGUUAAAAACUCGUUAACGUUCAGAAGGAGAAACAUUUUACCAGAAAUAACAAUAACAGGAAGUUCUCACAUUUCAGCUAAACUGUUAACUAAAUGAUUACAUGUUCUGGAUGAAUAAAAUCUUAUCAUCUGAUCUUUAAAUACAUCAAAUAAAGGUUGAAGCAAACAGAAUAUGAUUAAUAUGAUAAAUGAGAAGCGACAGCCUGGCUGAGCUUGGAGCUCAUCGGAUCAGAACCGGUUUGUGCUUUUCGGUCGAACCGUUUGGACCUGAUGAAGCUUCAUGACGUUACUCUGAAACGUUCAUGAGGCCUUUAGUGGCAGCAGACGCAGCCGUUUCUAUCAGCUCUUUCCCACAGCAGAACAGGAAGUAUCCGACUGCGAUCGCGACGCAGCACAGGAUCAGCACACAGACUUUUGUUGGCAGGGAAAAGUUUUCCCACUUACAUCCUCCUUUCUUGCUGUGAGCCUCCAGCAUCUUGUGGGUGUAGCAGGUACCGCCAGGCCGCUCGUUGAUUUCCUUGAUGACUUUCUUGAUUUCUUCUGGGACAUCUUUAUUUAUUUCGCACGGCACCAGGGGGCACGGAUUUAUAAGCGCCCAGAGUUCUUUAGCGUUAUUUCGGAGACUUUCUUUGAGCAUCCCAUCAUUAGAUUUAACGUUCUUGAACACAACAACCAUGUACUUCAAUGCCUCGUCACCAAAAGUCUCUUUAAUCUCCUCCACCAUCUUUUUCUCAUCAUCGAUCACUUUCUGCCUCUGAUUUUUACCUCCGUCCUCUGAUGGGUUUUGGGUCAUCACCAGCAGGAAGACGUGGCGGGCCGACGUCGAGAUGUACUUCUCGCCCCUUUCAGUCAUCUUGCUAAUAUCGUCUGAGUCACACAAAGUCCUGAUGUUAAAGAGAUCCAUGUGUAAUCCGUCGAUGGUCACAGAGACACUUUGGUCUUUGGAUGUACAGAUGUUGACCCAGCAGUCAGCUGAACGAUUAGAGGAUUCCUGUGGUGUUUUGUCAGCGUAAUGCUUGAUCUCUUUGAUGAGGCUUUUGGUGGCCUCGCGGUUUGUCCCCAUCACCAGGACCCUCAGCUCCCGAUUCUCUGAUGGAGGAAGUGGAGAUUCGGUCAGUGCGUCUAAAUCACUGCUAAAAGACUCUGACCUGAACAUGAAGCAGAUCUGAGGAACUGCUGUAAGGCCCGUCAGGAACCUUUAAUUCUGUUUAAUGUUAAGCAUAUUUAUUUAAAAUGUUGGUGUUUUUCUCCUUAAAGCUUAAUUUUCA